AUGGGAGCAGCCAAGUGUCUCAGGGAUGGCCCUCAGGCUUGUCCUGAGGUGGGGAGAUGGGUUUCCCCCAGAACUGCUGCUGACCCAGUUGUGUCUCUGUCACAGCCUUUCUUCAGGCUCCUGAACCUGCGCAAGCUGGGCCUGAGCGACAAUGAGAUCCAGAGGCUUCCCCCCGAGGUGGCCAACUUCAUGCAGCUGGUGGAGCUGGACAUCUCCCGCAACGACAUUCCAGAAAUUCCUGAAAGCAUCAAAUUCUGCAAAUCCCUGGAAAUCGCAGACUUCAGUGGGAAUCCUCUCUCCAGGCUUCCUGAGGGCUUCACCCAGCUCCGGAGCCUGGGCCACUUGGCCUUGAAUGAUGUGUCCCUGCAGAGCCUCCCCACUGACAUUGGGAAUUUGGCAAACCUCGUGACUUUGGAGCUACGUGAGAACCUGCUAAAGACUCUCCCCACUUCACUCUCCUUCCUUGUCAAGUUAGAGCAGUUGGAUCUCGGUGGCAAUGACCUGGAAGUACUGCCGGACACUCUGGGCGCGCUCCCAAACCUGCGCGAGCUUUGGCUGGACCGGAACCAGCUCUCGGCCCUGCCUCCGGAGCUGGGCAACCUCCGCCGACUGGUCUGUCUGGAUGUGUCGGAGAACAAGCUGGAGCAGCUGCCCAACGAGGUCAGUGGGCUGGUGGCACUGACGGACUUGCUGCUGUCACAGAACCUGCUGGAAUGCAUUCCGGAUGGGAUCGGUCAGCUGAAGCAGCUCUCCAUCCUCAAGGUGGACCAGAACCGGCUGACAGACGUGACAGAGUCAAUUGGGGACUGUGAAAAUCUGUCAGAGCUCAUCUUGACCGAGAACAUGCUGACGGCCUUGCCCAAGUCUCUGGGCAAACUGGCCAAGCUGACGAACCUGAACGUGGACCGGAACCGUCUGACGGCGCUGCCGGCGGAGAUCGGGGGCUGUGCCAACCUCAACGUGCUGUCCCUGCGGGACAACCGCCUGGCACUGCUGCCCCCUGAGCUGGCCAACACCACCGAGCUCCAUGUCCUGGAUGUGGCUGGGAACAGGCUGCAGAACCUGCCCUUUGCUUUGACAAAUCUUAACCUGAAAGCCCUGUGGCUGGCAGAAAACCAGUCCCAGCCCAUGCUGAAAUUCCAAACCGAGGAUGAUGAAAAGACAGGAGAAAAGGUUCUCACUUGCUACCUUCUCCCUCAGCAGCCCUCUCCCAGCCUGGAGAACCUCCUGCAGAACAGUGUGGAUGAAAGCUGGACAGACACCAACUUAAACAGAGUCAGUGUCAUCCAGUUCCUGGACGAACCCAAAGGAGAUGAUGAGGAGGAGUCUGGAGCUGAGAGACGGGGCCUGCAGCGCCGAGCCACCCCUCACCCCAGCGAGCUGAAGGUGAUGAAGAAGGUGAUCGAAGUUCGGCGUAACGAGGUGAACGCCGCAAAGGCCGAUGCUGACCUCAACUCUCCUAACUCAGAAGAGAAGAGGCUGAGUGCCACGUCGAACCGCAGUGAGGACUCCCACGUGUCCACCAGCACUGCCUCUGCAGACUGCAGGGCAGAGGAGGGGGACCGGGGCUGGCCCAACGGGCAGGUGCCCAACGUGCGGGAGCUGGAGAAGGAGGCAAAGCCCAGAGCAGAAGAGGAGCAUAAGGAAGCUGCUGGCCAGGAGGAGGAAGAUGUGGAAGUGGAAUACAAUGAGCCCACUGUACACUUUGCUGAGGACACACUGAUACGGAGUGAGGAUGAGGAUGAAGAUGAAGAGCGACCAUUCCCAGUGGAGAAGCAGAGGCUUAUCCGCAAGGACACGCCCCAUUAUAAGAAACACUUCAAGAUCACUAAACUGCCCAAGCCAGAGGCAGUGGUGGCACUUCUGCAGGGGCUGAACAGCGACGGGGUCCCUAAAGAGGAAGAGGAGUUGGGAGGCUGCAAUAACAACACAGAGCCCGAGGAACAGGAGGAAGCGUGGGAUGAGGAUGACAGGAAGAAUGGAGCUUUGUCUGCUCAGCCGUCCGUGAAGGGGGUGUCGUUUGAUCAAGCCAAUAAUCUGCUGAUUGAACCUGCUCGCAUUGAGGAGGAAGAGCUAUUUCUGUGCCUGGUAAGAGCCACACUUGGAGCUGAGCUGUCCCUGUUGGGGGGAAUGGGCUCGACCUCUAACAGGUGCUUUUGUUUCCAGGGCAUCUUUAUUUCCCGGGUGUCCGAAGAGGGUCCUGCGGCUCGCGCAGGGGUCCGGGUUGGGGACAAGCUUCUGGAGGUGAACGGCGUGUCCCUGCACUGCGCCGAGCAUCACGUGGCCGUGGAAGCGCUGCGAGGCUCGGGAAGCUCCGUGUCCAUGACGGUGCUGCGGGAGCGGAUGGUGGAGCCGGAGAACGCCAUCACCGUCACCCCGCUGCGCCCCGAGGAUGACUACAGCCCCCGGGAGCGGCGCGGGGGGCUGCGCUUCCCCGAGCGCCCCGAGGGAGCCCCUGCCACCGAGAGAUACUCCACCUGCCUCAUGCGCAACGAGAAGGGCCUGGGCUUCAGCAUCGCCGGCGGCAAGGGCUCCACUCCCUACCGGGCUGGGGACACGGGGAUCUUCAUCUCCCGGAUCGCAGAGGGCGGUGCAGCCCACCGGGACGGAAUCCUGCACAUCGGAGACCGGGUCAUCUCGAUCAAUGGGGUAGACAUGACAGAAGCCAGGCAUGAUCAGGCCGUAGCGCUGCUUACCGCGGCCUCCCCCACCAUCGUGCUGCUGGUAGAGAGAGAGGGCUCGGAGCAGCCCGGAGGAGCCUCGCCCGGCGCGCCCCGUGCGCAUGCACAUCCCCCGCCGCCCCCCGGCCCCGGGGACAGCCCGCCCGAGGAGACGCCCGCGCCGCAGAGGAACCACCUCUCCAGAGGGCUGGAGGAUCAGUACCCCAUCGAGGAGAUUCAUCUGGUGAAAGCGGGUGGUCCCCUGGGCCUCAGCAUCGUUGGAGGCAGUGACCAUUCCAGCCAUCCCUUUGGGAUUCAUGAGCCAGGGGUCUUCAUCUCCAAGGUCAUUCCCCGGGGGCUGGCGUCGCGCAGCGGGCUCCGCGUGGGGGACAGGAUCCUGGAGGUGAACGGCAUCGACCUGCGCCACGCCACCCACCAGGAAGCGGUGAACGCGCUGCUCUCCAACGCCCAGGAGCUCACCAUGCUGGUCCGGAGGGACCCGCCUCCGCCUGGCAUGCAGGAAAUAUGCAUUGAAAAGGCUCCAGGAGAGAAGCUGGGCAUCAGCAUCCGGGGUGGAGCCAAGGGCCAUGCUGGCAAUCCGUUUGAUCCCACCGAUGAAGGCAUCUUCAUUUCCAAGGUGAGCUCCUCUGGGGCCGCAGCCCGGGAUGGCCGCCUGAAGGUGGGGAUGCGGAUCCUGGAGGUGAACCACCAGAGCCUGCUGGGAAUGACGCACACGGAAGCGGUGCAGAUCCUGCGAGGGGUGGGCGACGCGCUCCUCGUGCUGGUGUGUGACGGCUUCGACCCCAAGGCUGCAGCUGCCAUCGAGAUGUCCCCAGGAAUCAUCGCAAACCCUUUUGCUGCUGGCAUUGGGCGCAAGAACAGCCUAGAGAGCAUCUCCUCCAUUGACCGGGAUUUGAGCCCUGAGGAACUGGAGAUCCUGCAGAAGGAGAUGGAAAUGGUGAGAGAAGCAACUCAGUGGGAGAGAGAAGAAAUGGAGAAAGUGGAGCGGAUGCGUAGGGAGCGGGAGGCAGCCACGCAGCAGCUUGAGGAGGAGGUGGAGAGCAUCCCCAGCGAGCCCCUGCGCCUGGACUACCGGACCCUGGCAGCGCUGCCCAGCAGUGGCCUGCAGAGAGGCAACCGUGCUCCUGUUCAGUGUACUAAGCCCAGCUCCAGCAUGGAGGGUGACUGCACGGUGCUGUCCCUGCCCAUGGCACGGGACAGCCGGGAAGCUCCUGUGGGCGAGUCUGGGACAGGAAAUUCCAGGCGUGAAACCCCCUAUUCACCCAGUAAUCCACAGGUGCCCGCAGCCCCCCGGCCCCCUCACCUGGCCGGCAGGGAGACCCGCUUUGCUUCCAUUAACUUCAUUACAUCGCAGGAUGACAGUAAAUCAACCAAGCCCGGCGUCAUUCAGCCUCUGUCCCGCGUGCGACAAAGCGCUGCCUCACACUCUGCGGAGGAGGGGGACAGCCCCAACCCCUUCCAGCAGCCCGAGCCAUGCUUCAGGAUCCACAACUCUCAAAAGCCACCGUCGCCACCCUCCCCUGACGAGGUCCCCAUCAAUGUCAAGCAGGCCUACAAGACCUUCGCAGCAGUGCCCCUGUCCCACCCGCUGCUCGGGACACAGGAAUUGUCUGGUCAGAGCAGCACAGAGAACACCAAAAUGGCCUCGGAGGAGGCNGUGCACAGGCCCGGGGGACAGCACAGCCCCGAGCAAAGGUCCUUCCGUGAGAGGCAGAAGUAUUUUGAGAUUGAAGUGAAGCAGCAGCACCUGGACAAGCCUCCCAAGCGUGUGUCCUUGGUGGGGGAGGAUGACCUGAAGAAAAUGAAGGAGGAAGAAGCCCGCAAGCUGCAGCAGCAGCGAGCCCUUCUGUUGGAGGAGGAGGCCGAGGAGGAGGAGGAGGAGGUGAGGCAGGUGCCCGAGGCCGUGCAGUCCAGCAUCAUCAUCGAGGGGGUCGAGUACAAGGUCGAGAGGCUGAAUGGAAGGAGCAUCCAGGCUCCAGCAGCUCGGCCCUCAGAGCUCAGUGAGAACAGCAGCUUGCAGAGGAAUUCUCUGGAAGAGGGGAUCAAGCCUGAGCAGAGAACCAACUCCAUGUCAGGGCUGAGCCCAUCGUUCCCGGGGGAUCCCGGCGCUCCGGUGCGGACGGCCAAGGCCGAGCGGCGGCACCAGGAGCGGCUGCGCAUGCAGAGCCCGGAGCUGCUGAGCGGGCAGGAGAAGGAGAAGGAGCUGUCUCCAGCGGAGCGCCGGGCACUGGAGGCUGAGAAACGGGCUAUGUGGAGGGCAGCACGAUCCUCAGCUCUUGAAGACAGUAUUAAACAGUACGAGCAGGAUCUGGCCAGGAAGCUGUACCAGUCCCGGCAGUGGGCAUCUGCUCCCGGGGCCAGGCCAGCUCAGAUGUCUAGCCCAGUGCAGAGUCACGCCUCAAGAAUCCCUGGGUCAGGAGGCCAAUCCAGGAUGAAAUCACUGGAACAGGACGCUCUUAAAGCCCAAAUGGUUAUUGCCAAGUCCAAGGAGGGGAAGAAACGCAGCACACUGGAGCAGCUGGCAGAGUCACCGUCGCCCGCUCCGACGCCGUCCCCAACGCCGCUGGAAGAUUGCAGCCCCAGGAACGUCACUUCCCCGGGAAGGCUGUCCAUGUCUGAAAAGAAGUUUGACUACCGGGAAUUUGCUGCUAUUCCUUCCUCCAAACCUGUUUACGAAAUCCAGUCGCCUGAUGCAGCUGAUGACCUCAGAUACGUCGAGGACCGAAAUAAUUCAGUUCCCCGGGAGCAGGAUGGGCAGCCAGAGGAAGAGGACACGUUAGGAACACGGGAUCCAUCAGCACCAACUCCCUCAGCCCUGGAGGACAUGGCCCUGUACAGCAGCAAGCGCAAGCUCCGACACAGCCGGCGCAGUCUGGAGACCGCUGUCCCCACGUAGGUGACCCGACACACCCGGGCGAUGGACGAGCCCGGCACAGCCCUUCCGAGCUUCCCGUGCUCCAGGGACAGCGCCGGCUGCCACCCUGCCGCCUCCAGACUGGAUGGGACCGGAGCACCCCGGGAGCUCUGUGGCCAACUGACUCCUCCGAGGCUGUGAACCACCCUCGUUUCUCACCCGACAGCGCCCUGGGGCACGUCCCGAAAACGGGGCAACACUGGACUGACUGCUGGCAGAUGGAGAGGAGGGGUGGGCAGGACAGUGGGCAGCUCGUUAGCCUGUAAAUAUUGUGUGUGGGGAAGGGUAGGACAGGGAGAAUGUAGGAGUGUGAGAGUGUGUUGGGCUCCAGCCGUUACUGCCUCAACUUCGUUUUUUUAGUGGUUAAAAGGAGCUUUUCCUCUGGUGGGAAUCAGGAGGAAGGUCCAGCCUGCCUUUACUCCUGUUUAAUUUUCAGUUUUUUGCCAAAAAGCAUCUCCUCCCACCUCCUGCACUGUGUCACCUCACUUCCCUUUGGGACCGUGUGGGAAUGGGAAGCUUGGAGGCAAAAAAAAAAGGAAAUACAAAGGAAAAAACACCUGCAGAAUUCCAGCAAAGUGCCUCCCUCUGCCACUGACACUCUGUGCUCAAGGAACAUGCCAAAGCCUGGGCCAGCUCUGUGCCACCUGCCUGUGUCCUGGUAGGACACUGCUCCUGCUGGGACUCUGUGCAGUCCUGGGGACAGGUCCUUCCCUGGAUGGACACGUCGCUGUGUGUCACAUGUGGUGUGAGCAGCUCCACGAGCACACACAAGUGUCAGAGGAGGCCAGGCUCUGUCUUCUGUAGCACUGGGGCUGAACUGGUGGACUGGGGCAGGAAUGGGACGGAGCCAACAGCUGUAGCAGGGGUUUAGGGGGGGUGUGACAGCAAUGGGGAGCAGGAUAGUUGGGGUAGGACACGGUGGCAGAGGUGGGAGGUGUGACAGCAGUACCUUAGUGGGUAGGAUUCAGAAACUGGGAAUGGGUAGGACGUGGCGUUGCUGGGGUCAAGUUGGGAAUUACGGGGUCUUACAGGUAGGAAAUCUGGUGGGGAGUCCACAGUGUCCAUGGCUGGCCGCGAGGUGGAGUGGAGCGUCACAGGGUGCCUGGCAUGGGGCUGGCAGGGAGCACCAGGAGCACCACGGAGCAGGACGGGGCUGGCCUGUGCCUUGCAAUAACUACACAGUCCCACUUUGCCAGCUUGUUGGCUUCAGGCCCCUUUCCGUGGAGAACAGGGACAAUGAAUGUUUGCCCAUGCAAGAGGGAAAAAGGAAAAUGAAAAAUGAGCGGGGGUACGAGUCCUGGGUGUGAGUUCUGGUUUCCACAUGUGGAACGAGGGCUGUGAGCAGGUUCUGUAUCACGUGAGCUCUGCAGAUGUGGAGGUCACAGCUGCUGCUCCCAGCUCUGCCAUCAACCUCUGCUGCCACUACUGAGGGGAAACAGCCCUUUUCUUUUUUUUUUUUUUUCACUGCCUCUAACUGGGAGGAAGGUCCGAGCUUGGCUCAAUCCCAUUCCCCGUCCAUUGGUGCUCUCUGACUCCCCAGCAAGACCAGGGUUGGACCUUGAGCCUGACAGUGGCUGGGCAGCGACAGGCACAUCUGCUUGUACAUUUGCUGAAGGAAAGAACUGGAUGCAGUUUUUUUGUUGAGCCUCUCCCUUCAUGCCAAAAUCCAGUGGAUCGUUUUAACUGGCACCGUAUGCUUUGAUUUUACAGAUCUGUGAAAGGGGAACUCUGAUAAUCUCUCACUGCAGCCAUGGCUGCUUCCAUCAUCAGCAAUUUGAGCUUUUCCUUUUUAAAUCUAAUUUUAGCAUUUGCUUUUUAACAACAGCAGUUUUGGAAACAAUCCUGGCUGGGUUUUGGUGACUAACUUGUGAUUCUUCUCUCCUUUCCCUGUGCGGUACCUGGUGCCAGGCUCUGGGUUCUUUCCCGUUCUCUCCCGAGAGACUCCAAGGGAAAAUUAGCGCAUCAAGACUGUAACUAGUGAAAUUUGUACAACCAAAGAAAUCUAUUUUGUGGUUCAAGGAUAAUAAAGUUUACUUUACAUUUUAGA